AUGGCAAAGCUACUCCUCGAGAUGCAGGCCGAAGUCAACUAUUGCACGCGCAGAGAAGUACCUUCGCUCCACUUUGAACCUCGACGAAUUCAAUCCAACGCAACAGGCAAUUUAUUUAAGGCGCAGGAAGAAUCAGGAGAAGACGAACAAUGCUUGUGGAGCCGGCAACAUCAAGCAAACAAGAUCCCAGAAGGUCAAGGCAGUGACAGCACCACAUUGUUGAAGCUGUUGUUGCGGGAUGGACAGGCGUAUACGUAUAAGGGUGGUGGUGAGAUUCUGAGCGAUGCGGAUCUGGGGGUCUUGUGCGAUAGGAGUGAGGAUGCUUAUAUGGGCGGAGCAGGGGAAUUAUACAGCUUCAAAAGCACGGCGACUGAAGAUAACACACAGAAGAUCCAGAAAGAUUAUUUCGCUCCUAUCAACUUCCCUUCGCUCCUUAAAUUUUGCCCACCGGAGAAUCACUUACAAAUUAACUGGGCCGUCUCGAGACCUACAUCACUUAGCCCGAAAUCUAACCUGGUCGCUGGUAUCAUUCAUCCUCCGGCACAGACAUUAGAUCCGUUUCUUUGGGACUGA